CGCUGGCUGCCGCGUGCUGGAAGGGUUAACCAACCUAGCGCCACAAAACAAAUGACAUUGUCCGCGAUCCUUAUCUUUUACCUUUUUUACCGACGCUAUUCGAUAUAAAGCCACCUGCACUACCACACCAUGUAUUUGGAAGACAGGCAACAUGUGUAUCAGACUGUAUUUUUUUACGCUCUUCGGAAUUGUCAUUGCAAGAGAAUAUUUUGAAGAACGCAGAAUUAUUAAAGAUAGUAAAUAUGGACGUUUGAGAGAAAUACCAAAGGGAUUCGAAUUAAAAGGAGAACAUGCACACGAACAAUUUCGAAAAUACGCGCAAGACAUCAAUAGCUUAGCGGAAAGACAUAACUUAACAGUAACGUACCUAGUGAAAGUGGAUACUAAAAACAGUUUUUCCAAUAAAAAUAAGCUAUUAAGGACCAAAAAGUAUAAGGUGCCUUUAAAAAGGAAAAGCAUGAAACUAUCGAGUCGGGAGUUGUUGCAGAGAAAAUUGGCAGAGUUGAGGGAAGAAAAAACCGAACGAAUAGUGAUAACGACACCGAAAAAACCGAUUAUUAUAACAACCAAAGUACCACAUUCUGGCAAAUACAGGCCAAUAAUUAAUGCUAUUAAAACUAAUUAUACGAAAAAGAUCCGACCUGUUAAAAGCAACAUCGUUACCAUCGUAUAACAGUGUGUAUAUAUUUUUUUCUAAUUUUAAUAAUACUUU